CAGCAGACGAUGGCCUCGUCAUCGGACAGCACAGCAUUACCUUCUGCGGGAACCCUGCGCCGAGAGAUCUCGACCUUUCUGCGGGCUGCAGCCGAUCCGAACGCCCUCACAUUCAAACAAGUUCGUCUGGCGGUAGAAGAGUCGCUGGGUCUUCCGGAAGGGUCGCUGCACAAGGGGUUCAAGUCCCAGAUCAAGGAGGCUGUGCAUUCUGUCAUGGACGACAUCGAAGCGGAUCGGGCAAAGACGACGGCCAAGGAAGAGGAAGAAGAAGAAGAAGAAGAAGAAUUCGUCGACGACACCACGCGCAGCGCCGCUCCUGCUCCCUCGCACAUCUACAGCAGCCGCGGAGAUACCGACGACCGUUCUGCUAUACCGAAAAACUCGUCGACGAAAAGGAAGGUCGCGACUGGUUCCGGGGGCGAAGACGCAUCCGGCGACAAGCACAGCAACAGAAAUAGUGGCAAUAAAACAGACGCAGCUGGUAACGGGAAGGAAGUCGGAACGAAGGAGGGGAAGAAGCAGAAGAAGGACAUUCGAAAAACCGGCGGGGAAGACGGCGGAGACGGGGACUUGGUGUGCGUGCUGGGAGAAACGAAGAGUGCGAGGAAGCAAGUCAACGUCAGGACCUGGAACAAGCGCACUCUGGUGGACAUCAGAGAGUUUUACCUGAAGGAAGCGAAGGAGUACAGGCCUGGAAAGAAAGGAAUGUCGCUCAAUCCCUCUCAAUGGGAGAUAUUGAGAAGCGCGGCUGGGCAAAUCGACGCAAACAUCAGGCGGCUGGCCUAG